AUGGAGGGAGAAGAAAGUCUGUUGGAUGCUAUAAAUGAGGACGACGGAUUUGAAUCCAUGGAAGAAGAUGUUGACAUGGUUGAUGUGGAAGAAGGCGAGAUUGUUGUGGACCAGGACUUACAACCUGGAGAGAGACAAGAUGGAGACAAAGAUAAAGAAGGGCUCUUGUGUAAGAAGAACGGACCGAAUCAGCCAAACAAGAACAAGAAGAAGAAGAAGAAGAAGAAAAGAAGGCAAGGCGCUGUGAUGGGGAAACCCAUGGAUUUAGACAGGUUUGUUAGGGAUACGUGUAGACGCCUGAAGGAAAAGAAGUCUUACAUGGUAUACACAGCUGUUGGAUGUCUUGGAAUGGCUGCCUUGAGUGAUCUUGUCAAUGAGGUGGAAGCAAUCGAGACAGUUGGAGGUCAGGUGACUGCUGAUGGCAGUAGGAAACGGACAGGUGGUGGUGUGUUGUGGAACAUCAUCAAAGCGAGACAACCCGCAGCUCACAGAGAGAUUAUGAAAAAGACCAGAGAGUUUGAGAAGCAAUUUAGGUACCCAAACACGAGACCGAAGUUAGGUAGCUCAUCCGAAGGACUUGCCUCUGGAAAUGCAUCUUCUGAUGAAGCUCUGGCCAGUGAGAGGUGUCCUAUGCCGGUAUCUGAGCAGGCUGAAUCCAAACCGCAGGAAGAAAGGAAAUCUGUUCAUGAGAGGAUCAGAGUACCUGUUUCAUAUGAUGACCUUUUCGGAGAAGUGCCUCUCGAUGCUUCACAAGCACAACAAUCUUCUGCUUAA